AGUUCAGGAGGCGGACUUGGAAGGAAGAUGUGAUGUCAAGGCUGGCAUGUCGGGCUGUGCAAUGUCCCUGCCGGACUGAAAGAAGAAAGAAAAAAAAAAGAAAAAAAUGUCCCUGCCGGACUGUAUGCUUCCCUGAUAACUGCCGCAUGGAGCUAUUUCUACGCAUUGGGACGCAUUUUUAAUGGCGAUCAAAUGAGCAGGAGGAAAAAGCUGGUGCCUUUAAAAAGUCCAUAGUAAGCAGCCGAUUGUCGGGAUGACAAGGGAAAACUGUCGGACUUACCAAAAAUUCAGCGAUGAUGCUCAGCAGUGUCCAAGUGUUUGCCAAGAGAAUGGCAAGGACGACCAGAUUACUGAUGAUGCCAACGACAGCGAAUUACCAGGUGUGGAGGACGACACAGGGAGCAUCUCGAUAGGGUUCAACAAGGCCUGUCUGAAGAAUGUCUUUACUGUUCUUCUUAUUCUGAUAUACGUCCUGCUGACGGCUGUGGCACUCUUCCUCGCAUACCAGACCAUCUCUGACUUCAGAGAGAAGCUUAGCCACCCGGUGAUGUCAGUAACUUUCAAAGAAGUGGACGAGUACGAUGCUGUAGGUAUCGCCCUGUAUCUGGGGAAGGCUACAUUGCUGAGUUGCCAGCACCAUCUCCAUGACCACAUCCCAGCUCUGGUAUCACCAGGGAACCCUGGGGAAGGGGGCUGCGUGAUAGAAUCGGUCUCCUACAUGGACCCUUACUCCAACCAGACCAGGGAAGUGACUGUGGUUCAGGGGCCAACCGACAUCAGGAACCGCGAGCUGAUUUUCCUGCAGUUUAGCCAGAAUGAAACAGAAGAAGACUUCAGCUCUAUCACUUAUAUGCUGUUCUACAAAUUCGCCGACUUGACUGCAAGCUCAGAUAAAGCAGAGUUUAUGAAAGAAUGUGAGAGGAGUUACUCCAUGUGGACCUUCUCAGGAGGCUUUCGAACUUGGGUGAAGAUGUCUUUGAUAAGGACGUCCGGGAGAGGGAAGGAGUCCGUGGAAUUCCGGCAAGAGUCCAGUGUGGUAAGGUACAAUGACAAGAGGCCCGAGUCUCAGAGGACCAAUCAGCUGUUUUUUGUUGUUUUUGAGUGGCGUGACGUGUUCAUCCAGGAAGUUAGGGACAUCGUGACGGCGAACGCUUGGAACAGCGUUGCAAUUCUUUGUGGCGUCUUCAUGGCUCUCUUCAAGGUGGCGAAUUUCGCCAAGCUCAGCGUCAAGUGGAUUAUGAAAAUCCGCAAAGCACACCUGAGAAGGAGGGCGAAGGAAAUGACGCAGGUCACCUGAAGGUCCUUCUGGAGGCGCUGCGGAAAGGUCAUAGACUUCUCAGGGAACUGACAUGCCAGUAAUCAUAUCAACCUCUUACAGAUCAUUGAUAAGUUGAUACUGAGUCAACCAGCAGCGUACAGCAGAGAUAUAGAUGAUGAUCAAAGACAGAUUUUCAAAGGUUCUUUUUUGUAGAAUUUAAGAGUGUUGGCAUGUCCUGCUGUGUUUUAGUCAGUAAAAAUCUAUUUACAAAUUAAUUCUGCUAUAUAAUGCAUUUAGUAUUCAUCUAAGCAUGACAGUAUUCAUUCAUGUCCUGUUGUUCCUGGAUGACUACUUCAUCAUCCAAGAAGGUCAAUUAUAUGUAUAUAUUUAUGUUUGAUUGCUUUUUAUUGUGUUGUACACACUGUGUUAUGCUAUUGUGCAAAUGGCCUGUUGGAAUUCUUUCAUGAUGUCUUACUUUGCAAGGACAGUUACUCAUCUGCAUCAUCCAUGAGAAUUUCAUUGUUACUCCACCUGAAUAUAAAAGCUGCUGCCAUCGUU